UCUAUGUUGAAACAUUACGUGGUGUUAAGUUUCAUUCGAAGUCUCAUUUUUGUUGUAUACAGCGACUCAGAGAUGAUGAGGCCGAGUGUGUAUGGUGGUGGUUUGUUACCUGUCUGAGGUCACUGAGAGUGGGAGGGUGGCCAGGAUAGUGUAGCCCUUAGCAAGACUCCACCCUGCCUCCCAGAUCUUCAUAGAACUCUGCCAUCAUGGUUCACCCUCUCCUACCCAAACCAUUUCAAACCUUCGUGCAUAUCCCUGGCAGCGGACCUGUGACUGGACAGCAAAGGGACUCUCCAAUAUCACUUCUGUCUUUCUCCCCGCUUUGUCUUCUACCCAUCCCCAACCAAACUAGACCACUAUCUACCACAGCAUCUCUCUCACAAGGAAGAGAAUCUACAGCGACUUCUGUACAGCCUGCAGCAACGGUACAUCCGUCUCAAACACGGACGGGAAGCUCUACAGUACAAGAAAACCGCAAGAGGACUUCUCAGUGUCGCAAAUCCGCAUCUGAGUCUCCUUCACGUCCCCCAACCAAGGAUCCUUUACGGAGAAUCCUAAAGACUCCUCGACGUCCACCUCUUCCCAGGACAAGACUCGUAUCGUCUGAACAAAACUUGAGAACCACCGUGGCAGGGCUGGGGACUAAUUCUUCAAACCUUCGCCAGAGGGUCGAGACUUCUCGAGCUGGUAUACGCCCGUACGUGCCGCUGGAGCAACGAGCCGAACGAAGUUCCUUUCUCCCAGUUUCGCAAUUUAUUCAUUAUGUAACAAUGCAACAAGCUCAGCAGAACAGGUCAAAUCUCUCUUCUGACGUAGUACAGUAUUUACGCAGGUACUAAGAUUCCCCCCCUCCCACCCCUUUGAAGUUGUAUGUACUUCAGCAGUAAAAAUUAGUCGCAUCUGCGACUUUACUAACUUGACAUGACCAUUUAGCCAAAAUAAUUACUUAGUCGCCUCCCAAGGUACAAAUGUUUAUGCAGCCUCUGACUGUAAUUUUUGCUUCAGGGGAUGAACAGAUUUUUAAGCAACGCAUGAAGAAUUUCUUGCCCAUAUAAAGCAUGAUUGUAUUUCGUUUUUAUUAACUGUAAACUCUCAAUGGGUUUAUAUGUUGUGAAAUUAUCUUGUGCCUUUCAUUUGACUGGUAUGAAGUGGGGCAAAAGUCUUUAAUUCUUAUUUUCCCUGCAUAAACUUUCAGCUAGAUAAUGGUUUAAUUUUUAACCGUUGAAAGUACUAAAUUUUUAAUAAAUUUUAA